AAUAAUGAGCCUGUCCCUGCAUCCUACAUCAAUGUAUAUAAUAUGACUAUGAGACGGUAACCCAUUCAUUCAGCGACCUAACAACAAAACGGCUGCUGCUAAAAGUGGAUAUCACAUUUUCUCACUUUAUUUUGGUAGGCAUUUAUGGUAAUUAGCAGUCUUUGGUAAACUUGUUGAUGUUGCGGGAAAUUUUGUUGGAGCUUCACUCUUUUGAACCGUUUUUAGAAAUACGACCUUAGCAUGCCAUCCAGUGCCAGAGAAAAGUGACAAUGAACUCUUCGCUGGAAAACGUAACUGAGUGUUCUACACGUGUCAGCGACAGCUGGAUAUGGGCAUUGUUCUUUUCUACUCAAUCAGUGAUAUGCAUAACUUUCAUCGUCUUUGGAUUGUUUGGAAAUACGCUCUCCUUCGUCGUAUUACGGCGUGAAAACCCCAAAACCACAACUGCGUUGACUCUCCAAGCACUUGCCGUGACCGAUUCUGUCUAUCUCCUGUGUCAUUUUUUCUUCCUGAGCCUGAUGGGAAUUGUGAAAUAUGUGGGAACGGCCCGCCAUUACGUCGACGUCUACGGGUACCUUAUGUUAUUUGUCAAACCUUUAAUGUACAUAUCUCAACAGUGCAGUAUUUGGUUCGUGGUCCUCGUGACGGUGGACCGGUUUGUUGUCGUUUGUAGACCCCUGAAAUCUGGCGCCUUCUGCACUAUGACGCGAGCAAGAAAACACGUCAUUAUCGUCGCCAUUUUGUCAUUGAUCUACAACAUGCCACGGUGGUUCGAAUUAGACCUUGGUUUUUGUUACGAUGUGGAUUUAGGACACAUGAGGCCCAUUAACUCAGAUAAAGAAUGGAUGGAUGCAGACGCUUAUAAGUAUUUUUAUGCCAUGGUUUUGAAUUCUUUAGUAAAUUUCAUUGCCCCAAUGGCUAUUUUAGUCUUCGUGAACACUAGCCUGAUCUUGGCGCUCCGCAAGGCGGGCAAACGACGUCACGAGCUCACGGGACAGGGACACCCUUCUAAGAGCACUACAGUUAUGUUAGUCGUCGUUGUUUUGGUCUUCGUUGCCUGCCAGACGUGUGAUUUUGUACUUCAGUUUCUCUACUUUUUGGAUAACGAGUCAGUGAGAAGUUCCGACGCUCUUUUCGUUUACUAUAUGAUCAGCUCCAUGAUGGUGGUAGUUAAUGCCUCCACUAACUUCUUAAUUUAUUGCAUCUGCGGCAAAAAGUUCCGAAAUCUUCUCCUGUCUCUUAUGGCCGAACUGUGUGGGAGGAGUUUACACCGAAAAAAGCGCUCUUCAAAGAAACCAUUUGCAGGACAAAUGACAAACAGCAGUCAAAACGUCUGUAAAACACCUUCACUGCCAUCUACCGGUAGUCAGCCAAACAGCAGUGGAUCACAGCUUACACAUGAAUCUGUAGUAUAACUGUUAUGCGCAAAUUGUCUUUUUAAAAUAGAAAAACAUUUGAAACAUUUAAAGGUAUUUGUAAUGUAUUAGAAAAUGUUCAAUUGGUAUCGCACUGGUAUAUUUGUAUAUGGUCAACGUAACUAUAACAGGUUGUAAGGAUCAGACGUAUGUGCUUAAUGUAUCUUAAAUGUAACGUGUCCUGUUAAUUUUAUACAGUAAUUAAGGAUAUCAUACAAGAUUUUUUUCAACUGGCACCACCUCCUCCUCCACCCACUAUGUCACCAACAGUGUUCAGAUUCGUUAUGGCGUUUUGAAAGAAACAUGGAGCACGGAAAAUGGUGGGUGCUAGUCUAAAUACUUGAUGAAAUCGUAGACCGGGAAAAACGUGUUCUUUUUUCUUUCAAUUUGUGAACGUGCACGUGAACUCCAUAAAUCGUGACUUAAAGGACGCGGUUUGUCAUUUAGAAACCGUCCAUCUGCGAGAACUAAGUGCGGUUCGGACGAAAAAAAAUACGGUAAACCAUGAUCAUCCAUACUAGUGAUGUGAAAAAUAUGCACUCUCUA